AUGGUGAGCAAAACAGAAGAAGAUCAAGUGAAUAGAUUGGAGAGCCAAGUGGAGAAUGGAGGAGGAGGCGAGUGGGAGUACCUCUGUCUCGUCAGAAAGCUGAAGCUUCGGCGCUCUUAUAAUGUGCUGAAGUAUGGCCUGUCAAUCCUUAAUGACCCCAAAAAGCGAUCUGCUAUUGGCCCUGAAGAAUGGACUUUGUAUGAGCAAGUGGCUGCUGCAGCUAUGGAUUGCCAGCGUCUUGAUUUGGCAAAGGAUUACGUAAAGGUUUUGCUGGAAAAGUUUCCAGAGAGUAAAAGGGUUGGUAGGCUGGAAGCAAUGUUGCUCGAAGCUAUGGGAUUAUGGGAAGAGGCAGAAAAAGCUUACUCAAGCCUUCUGGAGGAUAAUGAGCUUGAUCCGGUAAUUCACAAGAGGAGGGUGGCCAUGGCAAAGGCACAGGGCAACAUAUCCGGGGCAAUUGAGUGGCUCAACAAGUAUCUCGAAAUAUUCAUGGUAGAUCAUGAUGCAUGGAGGGAACUAGCUGAAAUAUACGUGUCCCUACAAAUGUAUAAGCAAGCUGCCUUCUGCUAUGAGGAGCUAAUUUUAUCUCAACCUACUAUACCAUUGUAUCACCUGGCCUAUGCUGAUGUGCUCUACACACUUGGAGGACUUGAAAAUCUUCACAUGGCAUAUAAGUAUUAUGCUUCUACCAUAGACUUAACCGGUGGCAAGCAUACCAGAGCGCUUUUUGGCAUAUGCUUGUGUACAUCUGCCAUUGAUCAACUGACGAGAGGGCGUAACAAGGAUGAUAAGGAGAACUUGCAGCUGGCACCUCUGUCUGCGCUGGCUUUGGGGAAGGACUACAAGCAGAGAGCUCCCAACAAAGUUUCCAUGCUUGCUUCUACUUUAAGAAGCUUGAAACUGUCAUCAUAA